AUGGCCCCGUCACUCUCAGAGACAGUCGCGCUCCGCGCUCCAACCUUCUCGGUACCCUUCAAGACUGAUGCUGGGCACAACAAGGAGAAUUUGAUCGGAUACAAGUACGAGAAAGAGGCCGAGCUGAAGGGCACAGACAAGUUGCCGCCAGCGUCAUUUCCAAACUAUCUGCCCGUCUGGGACAAUGAGACUGCGAGGUAUCCUCCUCUCGAACACUUCGAGCACUAUGAUCAUGGCAAGGACGCCGAUGCCACAUUCCCAGACCUACUGCCCAAGGGCCAAGCCGAGGUCGACGAUAUCACCCCGUUCAUCGGCUCCGAGAUCCACGGCGUGCAAUUGAGCAAGCUUUCCAAGGCUGGCAAGGACCAGCUCGCUCUGUACGUCGCCCAGCGACGUGUUGUCGCCUUCCGUGACCAAGACUUCGCCUCCCUCCCUAUCCAAGACGCCGUCGAAUACGCCGGCUACUUCGGCCGUCACCACGUCCACCAAACCUCCGGUGCACCCAAGGGCUUCCCGGAGAUCCACCUCGUCUUCCGCGGCGCCGACGACCGCACCGGCGCCAAGUUCCUCGAGCAACGCACUAACACUAUCACCUGGCACUCCGACGUGACCUUUGAGAAGCAGCCCCCAGGCACAACCUUCCUGUACGUGCUGGACGGCCCUUCGACCGGCGGCGACACACUCUUCGCCGACAUGGUUCAGGCGUAUAAGCGACUGUCACCGGAGUUCAGGAAGAGACUGCAUGGCCUGAAGGCGGUGCAUUCGGGAGUUGAACAAGUCAAUGCUAGUCUGAAUGGAGGCGGUAUUGCCCGUCGUGAUCCUAUUACCUCAGAGCAUCCUAUUGUUAGGACGCAUCCCGUUACGGGCGAGAAGGCGCUUUAUGUGAAUCCGCAGUUUACUCGAUACAUUGUCGGGUAUAAGAAGGAGGAAUCUGAUUACCUGCUGAAGUUCUUGUACGAUCACAUUGCUUUGUCGCAAGAUCUUCAAGCUCGUAUUCGUUGGAAGGCUGGCACAGUUGUUGUUUGGGAUAACCGUGUGGCCUGCCACUCCGCCGUCUUCGAUUGGGAGGAUGGUCAGAGACGACACAUCGCCCGUCUCACACCACAGGCGGAGCCGCCCUUCGAGACGCCAUUUGAAGGCUAG